AUUGAUAGUAUACGUUAUAUAUAAUACAUAAUUAUAUUAUACAUUAUUUUAUUUGCGUAACUUAAAUACGUUUAGAUUAUAAGAAUAGACCUAAUUGUAAACAAUUAGUGGGGUAACAGGUAAACGGUAUAUGUAUACACUUGAGGCAUUUCUGUGAAGGAGAAGGGCGCGUGUACGUUUCUCGGGGUCAUUAAUCGUGGCGGUAGUCUGUCGAGUGCACAUUCGUGUGUAUACCACGCUCCCCGAAGGUUCGGCUGUCGCGUUAACGGUUAUUUCUUUCUGUGAUACGAAGAAAGAGGAUCGCCUUGACGAGCGCACGGUUGCUUCGUAGAGUGUGAAAGGCCGACUUAACGUUCCCGGCAGUCGAAGAGGGAAAUGUUUCCGGUACGACCGACACAGCUGUCAUCGAAUAACAGCCAACCUUUUUCCAGUGAAACGAAACGGUGAUGCUGUAUGAAUCUUGGUGUAUAUCUCGCGUGUACGAUCAUUUUCGUGAAUAAAUAAAAUCCGAUUGUGAGAAAAGAAGCGAAUAUAAAGAAUGGUUCGCAACAGUGAUACAAAUUGAACGAUCAACCAGCAAGAUUUACGCACACGAGGAUUUACAAAAAGAAAGGUAUCAAGAAGCGAAGGAUAUUGAACCGGAGCAAGAGGAGGACAAAGUGUGGAAGCGCAAGUACAUGGAACUAAUCUCGUCGGAUAAAGGUUGUUGCCUCGCAAAGAACGGACGAUUAUCGGAGUUUUACGAUGACGUUGGCGCGCCUUCACGCGGCAAAUAUACCGAAGAAACGUUGAUGAAGCUGAAAGGAAUCGUUUCUACGGCUGAAAGAUGACCGUCGCGAUGGAGCACAAGCGUAAGAGCUCGUGGGAUUCGAAGAUAUCGGUAAGCACGGUAAGCACGAGAAGAUUCAGCCGUGCAGGAACGCCGAGUUCGAUCCUGUCGUCGGACAGUGACAUUCGAUUUACGAGGAAACUCGGUGGACAGUAUCGUUGCGGAUGCUGCGUGUUAGCCGCAUUCUUGCUUUUCCUCCUCUUCUCUGGAGUCUCCAUAUAUCUUGGCUACACGUUCCUAACAUCGGAUCCCCCGGGUGAUCAGAUUUUCUUGGCGACAUUCCGAGUGAUCGAAGGUGAUUCCUUCGUUUCGGAAUUGGCAGACCCCUCCACCGAAGCCUUUCGAAUACGAGCACGGGAGUAUCGCGAUCGACUUAAUCUUAUCUUCCGCCGCAGCUGGCUGAGAAUCUCUUUCCUCGCUGUGGAGAUACUGGCGCUCGAUGGAUCCGAAGGUGAGAAUUUGGCCGUACAUUUCGAGAUUCGAUUCGAUCCACGAUACCAGACAAUCAGCACUGCCGAUGUCGUGGAAAUUCUUACACGGGAGAUCGAUCCUACAACCUCGAAAUAUUUAACAAAUCUAACGAUCGACUCGCAGAGCCUCGAAGUUCAAGAGAGCUUGACAGCUCUAAACGCUCAAGUCGCUCAACAAACGACAGUUUCGACGCCACCACCGACCACCACACCACCGCCUCCUAGAAGAUGCACCAGUUUGGAUUUAUCUUACUGCAAACAUCUGCCAUACAACGUUACUUCGUAUCCGAAUAUAUUGGGACACCGUUCAUUGGCCGACGUGGAGGAGGACGUGAUCGCUUUCAGGGAGCUAGUGGAUGCGGAAUGUUACCGAUUAGCGUACGACUUUGUGUGCCAAGUAUUGCAACCAGCCUGCGUAUCGAACCAACCGGAAGAUCUGCUACAGCUGCCAUGUAGAAGUUUCUGCAGAGAAUUCUGGAGCGGAUGCGGCAGCCGACUUCCGGACAGAAUUAAACGCCUACUGGAUUGUUCGAAUUUCCCGGAGUACGCGGACCAAGGUGGUUGCAGAGCAAAGCCAGGAUGCGUGCAAGCACUUCAAGCGAAAGCAUUGUCACCGAGAAUUUGCGACGGCGUGAUCGAUUGCCCUGACCUUUCCGACGAGAAAAAUUGCGCUUAUUGUCGCGACGGUCAUAUGCAUUGCGGUGUAGGUAGAACUUGCAUUCCACGUAGCAAGAGAUGCGAUGGAAAAGCGGACUGCGCCAACGGCAGUGAUGAAAAAGAUUGUCUAUCUCUAGCACCUAGUAUUCGAUCCGUGAAAUCACAACCUUCGGAUACACCGUUUGCCGCAAAGUAUAACAGCGAAGGGUACGUGGUGUUCAACGAGAAGGGUACUAUCGGAAAGCUUUGCACCGCAAAUCUGAACGCGACACUGCCAGGAACGGAAAUGGAAACCGUUCUCCAAACUGCCGCCAGCUCCCUGUGCAGCUUGCUGACUUACACAGGGGUAAAGUCCGUGGAAGUUCGAAUCGACGACGAAGAGGAUGUUCAAUACGUACAUAUGGAGGAUCCGUCGGCUACAGAGAUUACGUUUGUUAGAGCUCCCUGUCCGAGCAAGGAAGUCAUGUACGUCCGAUGCUCUGAAUUGGAGUGCGGUGUACAAUCUCUACAUGCAAAGAGCGGUAGCCGGGGACUUAAUAAAAUGGCCGAGCCAGGAGAUUGGCCUUGGCACGUGGCUCUGUUCAAGGAAGAUGUACACGUAUGCGAUGCUACGCUCGUGGCGGAAAAUUGGUUGAUUACAACGGCGUCCUGUUUUCAAGGUCAGCCAAAGGCAGAAUGGUCCGCAAGAAUGGGUACUGUACGCCUCUCGAGCACGUCGCCGUGGCAACAAGAACGUAGAAUCGUGGGUAUGAUUAAAUCGCCGGUAGAAGGGAGUACGACUGUCCUAUUGAAACUCGAUCGACCUGUUACCAUGUUUUCGGAUUUCGUAAGACCCGUAUGUUUGCCUUCGAGUCAGGAUCGACCAAUGAAUGCUACUCAUUGCAACACCCUCGGAUGGGCCAGAAAUCGAGAUUUACUACAAAGGGUACAGCUUAAGCACAGCGCGAUGGAACAAUGCGAAAACAUCAGUAUCGCGUCCGUGAAUAGCGUCUGCACAGAACCGGCCUAUUCUACUGACGAUUGUAACGAAGAAGAGGUCGCCGGCAGUCCUAUGUUAUGUCUUCAGCCGGAUGAUCGUAGAUGGGCGCUAACAGGUGUCGGAAGUUGGCGAAUAGCUUGCUCGAAAGCUGGUGUCGAAAGGCCACGAUUAUACGAUAAAAUUUCCUCGAAUAUCGCUUGGAUAAAAUCUACGAUAGAAUAGAUUAUUUCUUAAAAUAGUAUUUAACAAAUUAAUAUGAACUGACUGGGACUGAAAUUGAUAUUACAAUAUACAUACGCGAUGUAGAAUUAUUUCAUCAAAUUUUCCUAUCAUAUCUAACAGACUGUAAAAUACGUAUUGUAAAUUAGCGCGUUAGGACGUAUCAUGUUAUCGUGGGAUACAUUUCUCGUCUCUAUUGUAUAGUUUCGUCAAAGAUUCGUUGUUGUAUCCAUUGUUCGUAAAAUAUCUACAUAUGUGUUACGGCGUUGUAAAGAAAACUAUUUCAGUAAAGUAUAAGUAGUCGAAAAACGAA